AUGUCAUUAUAUAUUCCUUUUGAUAUAAAUACAAAUUCAUCUGAGGGAUUUAAAGCUCCAAUCUUUGAAAAUCAAAAAGAUGAGCUAUCUAAUCUACUCAGAGAAGAAAAAGUUGUGGUCGUUCAAAGAAAAGAUCCAAAAUCUUACUAUCAAGAAGAAGAAAUACAAUUCAUCAUGAAAAAGGUGAACCAUCUAUUCGAAAGAUAUGUAGAGGUUUAUAGUUUCAGCUACAAUGUAAUAAAUGGUAGAGUUGGAAUCGAUCGAUCGAUCAAAAACAAACAAAAAGAUAGCAAGAUAUUAACAUAUUAUUUAAAGGAUUUUAGUUUUUCUAAAAAUUCAUGUAGUAAAUCGCCUUACUUAAACUAUGCUUGUUUAAGAGGAGAAGUAAUCCCGUUGGUUAUCUAUAGAAAUAUCUAUGAGAAGGACGAUGUCGCCAACAUAGUUGAAUAUGAGAUGCGCCAUGUCAAUGUACUUCACUUUAGUGUCAAUGGUGGUGGAUUCAGUCGAGAAGUGGAAUCAUUCACUUUGAGCGCCAAAGAAACAACUCUCAAACAUAUAUCGAUGGAUUUAACCACCGGGGAGUAUACAUCGAUUCAAAAGUGCAAUUGGGAUAACACAAGCUGCGAAGGUUCAAGAACCAUCUUUGAUAGUGUUGCGUCGUCCACCAAUAAUAAUAAUGGCGGCGGUAGUAGUAGUAGCAAACCGACACAAUCACGACUGGCAAAGAGUGGUAGACUUGUUAAUUUCGAUGCUAAAGAUGCCGAUGUGCUUGCUUUGGUCAAGGAGUUGGGUGUACCACCGAAGAAACCAACUAAAUUUGCAGUGAUCACACAACUAGCUCCAGAUUUAGCAGAAGAAUUCAACAAACCAACACCUUUAACCAUUGACAAUGUCAAGAAUGCUAUCGUUGAGAAGCUUAAUAUACCAAAGUCAGAUAUAAAGAACCUCUAUGGAUACAACGGAACUAAAAUAGAAAAUGACAAUCAACUAAAUUCAUUGACAUACAUGAUACAAACUAAAGAUGGUAAGAUGUUUGGUCAAAGAUCAAUGUCAACAUGUUCUUCUUCAUCUAGAAGAUUGUUUUUACAACAACAACCUAGAUUACAAAGAAAUACAAUUGUACAACUAACUCAGAUAAUGAAAUAUUUUAAGAAAUAA